GCAAGAAAAGUUCACUUCAGGAGUGUGUAUGUGUGCACUAUAAUUUAGUUUAUUUUAUACUUUGUGUGAUUGCUUUAUUUCUUAUUGUUAUAAUUUUACCUUGGUACCAACCAUCAUGUCUUCAGUAUGUUGUGGAACUAAAAAACAGAAGCUGAAUAAUUCGUACAGUAAUCAUGUUGAACGUCCUCUAAAUGGAUAUCAAGAGCCUGUAGCAAUACCUGAUAUGUGCUACUUUUGUUUCGAUGUCUUAUACUGUCAGCUGCACAGUAUGGACCCACCACAUACGCCAAAUUUUACCAACGAUGCAUAUCCCUUAUUUGUUACGUGGAAAAUUGGAAAGGAGCAUCGCCUUAGGGGAUGUAUUGGGACCUUUAAUGCUAUGCAUCUACACUCAGGUCUGCGAGAAUAUGCAAUCACCAGCGCUUUGAAAGAUUCUCGUUUUGCUCCGAUAACCCGCGAGGAAGUUCCGCGUCUGACGGUGUCAGUGUCCAUCCUUCAGCAUUUCGAGGAGGCGGAGCACUACCUGGACUGGAAGCUGGGCAAGCAUGGCAUCCGAAUUGAGUUUAUCAGCGAAAGGGGAUCCAAGCGAACUGCAACCUACUUACCUCAAGUUGCCACCGAGCAAGGUUGGGACCAAAUCCAAACUAUUGACUCGCUUCUCCGGAAGGGCGGCUAUAAAGCAGCUAUAACCAGCGAGAUGCGGCGGAGUAUUAAGCUCACUAAAUACCAAUCGGAGGAGGUGUCCGCUUCGUACAGCGAUUAUAUCGGGCAGCGCUGCUAGCGCCCGCCCGGAGCCCCCGGGGGCCGAUUUUCCCCCUGGGGCUAUCGACUGGGGCUCCCUCGCUGCCCCAGGCCGGGCUCUCUCUACCGGAGUGCAAGUGAACGUGUUAAUAAAAUAGUCUCUAAGUAUACUAGUGUCAGUUACAAGUGGCAUACUUAUAGUGCAAGGGGUCAAAGUUAUGCUCAAAGUGACCGGGACAAGUGUUUCACGGAUAUGGUGUAAGGUACGGUCGAUCACUGCCAACAACAUUCCUGAUGUAAUGGUGACAUCUUUGAAACACUGGUAACGAGGGUAUUCUAUUUCUGUUAUAUUCUGUUGUUUGAAAACCGCUUAUUUCUGCCUUAGAUUUAGAUUAGUAAUUAAAAAAUUAAACCGUCAAUUGAAAGCAUUGAUAAUAUAUACAUACCGUCGGGGACAGUGCAAAAUCUCGAAUCUACCGUAGACAAAGGCCGCGUAUCUGCAUUUGAUAAAAUUUUUUGUGGCAGGUAAAAACUCUUUAAUAUCUUAUUUUAAGGGCCAACGGUCUCAUUUUUACAUAGACAGUAAAAAAAGUACGUUUUCUUUGUAUUUUAACUAUAGAUUAUCCGUUACAAUGAUUAGUUUAGCCGCCACGCUACUUACGCGGAUUUGAUUUGACCACAAUCUUAUCAAAAUGGAACCUAACAGUAAGUUGCGCGGUUUUGAAAUUAAACAGGUAAUUAAUGUUAUAAAUAAUACUUAAUAAUCAAAGCGAAAAACGACUUACAAAAUCUGAUCUUUACAAUCCUUUGAGCGUUGUUCGUGCAAAGGAAACUUUUACUUAUUAAUCAAAGUAUUUUUCUAUACAAUACAACGCUGGCAGGUGCUGGCUGGCUGACUGGCAAGUUAGCGUGAGGCCAAAAAGACGAACGCCGCUUUUCGGUUCAGUAUCCCGAAAAAAUAAACACACGUGAUAUAUUAUUACAACCCCCCCACCCCUCUGUGAUAUUUCGUGAUUUUAUAUAUACCCCCCCCCCCUUUCGAACCUCACGUGAUUAAUGGACGGCCCCUUGGGGAUAGUAUCUAUAGGUAUCACAAGUGUAAAUCUUUUCGAAGUAUAAAACAAAACAAAAGUAAGAGCUUCAUUUGCUAUAUAACAAAACUAUAUAUCAGUCUGUUUAAAAGCAAAUUACUCUUAAACAUUGAAAUUAUAAUAACAAUAUCAGGUGCUAAAGCCAUCUAAUAAGAAUAAAAUGUGUUUUAUAUUUUAUAAAAUUAAUAAAAAAUAUGUUUACUCACGACAUUUAAAUUGUAGUCGUUGGUGGAGAUAAAAGAGCUCUUUCAGCUAACUAUAUAAAAAUAAACAUUUUAUGCAAGUUAAUUGCUCUCGUAUGGGAAGUUGUCAUACAAUUCAUGACUAUCUAUGGGUAGGACACAUUUAAAUUGGUGUAAAUGUUCAUACUUUGAUUUUGUGAUCGGCAAUUUCUCAGUAAAGAGCGUUGGAGGAAUGACUUGAGCAACUUUUUUUUUCGUUUGUGGCAAUGGCUGAAAUUCGUCAUUGUAAUUCAGUUUGUAUUCAACAGUACCAUUAGGAUUGUACUUAGCAACUCUCAUGUCGACUACGCACUUUGCACCAGUCCCUCUUCCAGGGCGAAUUGUAUCGUAAAUAAGAUUACUUUUAAUGCUAUAAUCCUUGAAAAAAUUGUGGUCAGCCGUUACUACUAAGGAGAUGUUCUACUGCAUAUGGAGAUGUUCUACUGCAUAUGGAGAUGUUCUACUGCAUAUGUAGAUGUUCUACUGCAUAUGUAGAUGAUCUACUGCAUAUGUAGAUGGAUUCAGCCUAGCUUCUAGCUUUCCGAUGUUUUAACUUUCUUUAAAUUACGGAGUGAACUGAAUCCACCUCCAUUCGAGUAUGGCCUUUUUCUAAAAAUGUUUGUGUUAUGAUCACGUUUUUUUCCAUUGCCAAUUGCAGAAAAGCGUUCGAAAACACAACAUUUCGGUUUUGGGAUGUACAUCCAUCAGUGAAAAUUACGACGUUUUUAGGACUUUCUUCUAUAAGUUUCUACGUCUUUCUUCUUCAAAUAAUCAACAAAAAAGGAAACGUAUGUUGAUGCUUUUAAAUCUUUUGGGCACGGCUCUCAAAAAUAUUUUGUGCCAACUCUUUCAACUGAGGCAAUGCAACAUCGAUUCUUUAUUUGGUUGCUCUCCUAUCCAGUACCUCACUGUCCACUCCUUAAUUUCCAAUGUUCCUAACAACUUAUUUAAACAUACUUUAAUUUUUUGGUUAUUUAAUUUUAAAUAAUAGACUUUUGUAGCACCCUGUUAGUGGAUUUCCUUGUAGUUGUUUUUGUAUCUACUAUAGAUGAAACAAACAUUUUCUUCGCUAUCCAGGCUAGCUUCCAAAAUUCUUUAAAAAUAUUUAAUCGUACCUUUUCUGUAAAUUUAAAGCAGUGAAAUACUUUGCUCCUUAAACAUUUACUUGAAGUACAAGACUGCCCAAGUUGGUUUGAUAGAGACUUGUGAAAAUUUUUCAUCUCCCGUCUUUUUAAAACAUACUUAUUCUUGACCCAGCAUUCUUAACGUCUUGUUUCUCAACCUUUUGGUAGACAUUACGUCUGCUUGCUCUGCUUAAUUCACUUAGUUCAUUAUUGAUUGAAAUCAAUGGUUUAUGCACUGAAGUGCAUGCAUCCUCUUUAGAAACAUUAGAUACCAAAUUAUUAGUAGAAGUCACAGUCAGGCCAGAAACAUUGUCGUGAUCAUUAAUUUCCAGCAGAUUUUCUAAGCAGGAAGCACUAAAAGUUGUGUCACAAUAAGCUAAAGUUUCAGUUUCUUUAGGAAGCUCUUCUUGGUUUUCCGAAUUAACAAGAAUUCUUUGGUAUUUUCAUCAGUUGCCGAUUGACUAAGCA